AUGUGUUUACAAUGUUUCAGCAAGUUGAUCGGAGCAAGAGACUACACAAGCGAAGGCACUAGGGACAGAGAAGGCCACGGUACACACACCGCAUCCACUGCGGCUGGGAAUGCAGUCGCGAACACAAGCUUCUUUGGAAUCGGCAAAGGAACGACAAGAGGUGGCGUUCCGACCGCUAGAAUCGCCGCAUACAAAGUCUGGAGAAAUUUCUGGGUUUCGAUUUGGGUGUGA